AUGAGUUCUUCCAAAAAGAAUGUGAUAUAUAUUAAUGAGGAGGAUCUUGCAAAUCUUCCUGACGAGAUCCCUGUUUAUGUUCUCAAUAAGGAUUCGGAAAAGUCUGCAUCACCACUUUUGCCUCUUCCUUUGAUUAGUUCUACCUCAUAUGGUUUGAAUUGCUCUUCUAAUUUGACGUCUUUUCCUCUCCCUAUUCCCAAUAUCCCUUCACCUUAUCCACCACCACUGUCAGUUCCUCAAAAUUCGAACAUUCCACCGCUGUGCUUUCAUUAUCCCCCUCCAAUGGCUUUCCCAAACCAGUUUGUUCCUUCUAUUUUUCCUUCACCACCAAUGCAUUUGCCUCCGCCGAAUGUGAUUCCGCCUAUCUCAAAUCCAAUUUUCCCUCUGGAUAAUUCAAAAUCAUCUUUGAAGGCUGCAAAAAGUUCUGAUAACGAGUAUGGUCCUUCCAGAGAUGAUUAUGAUCAGAAACACUACUCGAGGAUUACUUGCACCCCUGCUACAGAAUUUUUUGAGAAACGAGGCGAAUGCACUUAUGGCACAGAUCUCAUGAUUGACUUGGAAAAUCGAUUUGAGCAGUAUGUUCUAAAUCGGCGUGAAUCGGCUCUCUCUUGUUUGCCUCCAGUUAAUAUAAUUCGACCCGCUUUAAAACGGCAGGAAAUGGUCGAACAUGACAGUGGCGCUCCUGUUCGUUUGUCAAAAAAUGGUCGAAAACGUCCGAAUUCAUUGAGAAGUAGUGCAUCCUCUAUGUCCGAAACCUCACUACUGAGCAAUCAAUCUGGAAGCUUCGAAGAUUUUGAAGCGAAAGCCGAACAACAGAAAAUGGAAGUUGCUCACAAAGAAGCACAUCCUUAUCGUCUACAUCCAAAAAUUUGGCAUAACGAGGAGGGAGAAUAUAACAGCGGUCCGGCAUGUGCUUGUAAAACCAAGUAUCGAAUUGGUCCUCUGCAUAAUCAGUUUGAAGGUGAAAGUGAAAUCCCUCGGUGCAAUUUGGAGUCGAAUAACAGGGAUCGACUCUACCAUUACCGUAUUAUGGUCACUCCAACAGACAAUUUCUUCUUUGCCAAGCCUACCACUAUCUCUCACAAUGGAAAGGAUUAUCUAUUUGAUGGAUAUUCAAUCUUUCUGCACACCCCUAUCGAUGAUCUUCCUCCAUGUCAACUUCUGCGUUUCAAUAUACUUUACGAUUUAUAUCAUGCUGAGGAAUCUUUUCCUGAGAAUUUCACUGUUCGAGCUUUAGAUAUGCUGACGCAGUACGUAUUUAAAGAACUUCUAGAAUUACUGGACCUCAAUUGGCGACCCCAUGGUGUUGAAGGUGGUUGUCCUGUGGUUCAUCUUUUGCCCCGUUUUGUGAGAGAAUUAGACGAUAGUUCUUCUGCAGAACUACUUUCUUCAAAUGUUAUACUUGAACAUUGGAUGCAUCAAUCUCAACUUCCCCUAUUUCAGCCCAGCGAUCUGCUUAACAUUCGUCGAAUUGCAAAUUCCGAAUGGUCUGCAAAAAUCAACGGCCUAAGAGGCACGCUUGCUUGGAAACCCGGAGCUAAACCACCAGCUAUCAGAAUCGAUCAGUUAGACCGUCAAUCAUCUGAGUCUUCCUCAACAAAGAAACCGGUCCGUCCCUCUCCCUAUCCCUUCCUAGUACAUAUGACAUACACACCAAUGAAGCUAAGUCUUUCUCGAGAUCCGCAAUACAAAAGCGUACUCAAAAAUUACCUCAAACUGCAGUACCUCAUGUAUAAUAAACCACGAAUAUCUCCCGAAGAUAGGGAUCAACUUGCUACGUUGAAAAGGAAACUUGAUCAAAUGGAUUUUGAAGGCGUUCACCGUCGAGAGAUCACUGUAGAACUGAGUUGCGAGGGCUUUUAUCGCACUGCCAUUCGACCGGAUGUCACUCAAUUUGCGCUUAAUAUGGCCUCAUUCGUAAUUCACAUUCGGUGUAUUUUGUCCCUUAAGUCACUAGAGAAGCGAUUGGGAUAUGAAUUCAAGGAUAAAUCAAUCCUAUAUCAAGCUCUAACCCAUCCCUCAUAUCGUCGAACUGAUUUUGGCACUAAUCAGGACCACUACCAAAACACCCUAACCAGUUGUGGUCCUCGAAUUAUCAAAUACGGAGAUAAAUUGCGACUUUAUAAGAAUUCUCGCAAGAAGGGUCUGACUAAGAUGUUCUCCGUCAUGUCUAUGUUGCCGAAGCAGCGCGAAGAGCGCUCAGACAUCUAUGGAAACGAACGUUUGGAAUUCUUGGGUGAUGCUGUGAUCGAAAUCAUAGCUAGCAUUCACCUCUUCUUCAUGUUCCCAGAAAUGUCCGAGGGUAGUUUGGAUCAUUUUCGUCAGGCACUUGUUCAAAAUCAACAUUUAUCUGAUCUGGCCCUGCGCAUUGGUCUUCACAAAUACCUUCUUUACACUCAUAGUGUUGACUUCUGCCAUGAUUCCACCUACGUUUUCGCUCGUUCUGAUGCUUUUGAAGCCGUGAUGGCGGCCAUUGCAUUGGACGGAGGUUUAGAUGCCGUGGACCGUAUUUUUGGUGCAGUACUCUUUGGUGACGAUCCUAAAGUUCAUCAAGUGUGGACUAAAAUCCCUCCACAUCCAUUGCAAGCUAAACCUCCCAAGGACGACAGAGAAUGGGUUUCAAAAGUCCCAACUCUCACGAAGUUAUUUGAACUGGAGAACCAAUUGGGAAUUCACUUUAAACACAUUCGUGUUCUUGCUCGGGCACUAACAGUGAGGAAGACAGGAUGCAAUAUCUACACCCUUGGUGACAACCAGCGUUUGGAAUUCUUGGGAGAUUCCCUACUGAAAUACGUUACCACGGACUACCUAUUCAAGCAUUUUCCGCGCCACCACGAAGGCCACUUGUCACUGUUAAAGAAUUCCCUUGUGAAUAAGUAUACACAGGCUAGGGUUUGCAGUGAAAUUGGCCUGGAUCAGUAUGUUAUUCGACGGGAAGACAACAUGCUCAAGAUUUCGAGUAUAUCAGAAGAGACUUUUGGUGCGACAGCAAGCAGACAGAAUGUGAAAAAUAAGGCGGAUCUAUUGGAAGCCUUUAUCGGCGCUCUGUACGUAGAUAAGGAUAUCACUUGGGUGGAGCGUUUCUGUCAAGUUUGUUUCUGGCCACGCCUGGUUGAGUUCAUCCUCACCCAAGAAUGGAAUGAUCCCAAAUCCCGACUCCAACAAUGCUGUCUUACCGAUCGAUCCCUCAAUGAAGACCCGGAAUUGGCUCACUACAAACUUCUCAGUUCCUCUGGACCGUCAAAUGAUCGGGUCUAUAGGGUGGGUGUAUAUUUUAGGAACCAGCUACUUGCUGAAGGGGUUGGCCGAUCUUUGCAGAAUGCUGAAAAAGACGCUGCCACUAAAGCUCUAGAAAUUCAUCAGAACGUGUUUAAACAGCUGGGCUUUCAACGUGAGGUUAUAAAUAAGCGUUACUCGGAACCUUAUAUCAACAAGGUGCUAACAAAAGUGCAGAACUAUGAACCCUCCUUUGUGGAGAAAUUUGUGGAAGAUAAAUCACUGGACGAAGGAGGAAGCAGUUGUUCAGAGUCAAGUUAUAAACGCAGGAGAAUCGGAAGUACUCAGGCUGCUACUGAAAGUCAAAAUGGAUACGAUACGGAGGUUAAAGAACCCCUGUGA